AUGCCCUGCCGCUCUGACCCGCAGCCGCCGCCCGAGAGCAAUGCCGCUGCGCCCGCCGCCGAGUGCCCGUCAGCGUAUGGGGCGACGGUCGAGCUGAUUGGUGGGAGCCACCCCGGCAUCGACAAGUGGCUCGGCGGCGAGCUGGCGGCGGACGGCUGCAUCUAUGGCGUGCCGGGCAGCGCCAAGUGCGUCCUCAAGGUGGACCCGCGCACGGACGAGGUGACGCGACUCGGCGACCUGCGCGGCCUCUCGGCCAUCCGCGGCGGAAAAUUCAAGUGGCUGCGCGGCGCGCUCGACCCAGAGACGGGCGACACGUUCGGCGUGCCGUCCAACGGCAACCAGGUGCUCCGCAUCGACCGCGCGGGCGGCAUCGAUCUGCUCGGCGACCCCGACGCGCUGCAAGGCCACUGGAAGUGGCACGGCGGUGUCCGAGCCGCCAACGGCAGCCUCUACUGCUGCCCGUGCAACGCGGACAGGGUGCUCAAGAUCGCCCCGGCGAGCGGCGAGGUGAGCCUGGUGGGCGGGCCGUGGCCGGGCAAGCAGAAGUGGUACGGCUCGCUGCUCGGCAAGGACGGCUGCAUGUACAACGUGCCAAACUGCGCCUCGGCGGUUCUCAAGUUCGACCCGGCCAGCGAGACGGGCACCCUACUAGGCAAUCUGCCGGGCGGCGGCUGGAAGUGGCACGGCGCCGCGGUCGGCGGCGACGGGAACAUCUACGGGGUGCCUGCGCACGCGCGGCGGGUGCUCAAGAUUGUGGUCGGGAGCGACGAGGUGCGCGAGAUUGGGAUGGUGCUGCCCGACACAAAGUACAAGUGGGGCGGCGCUUGCACCGCGGCCAACGGCGACGUGGUCUGCUUUCCCUCAGACACGGGGCGGACCCUCCACAUCUGCUGCGCGCCGGGCGUGCCCGAGGACGAGCAGGUGAGCCUGAUCGGCCCGAGCUACCCGGGAGGCAACAAGUGGCAGAACGGCUUCCUCGGCCGCGACAACGCCAUCUACGGCCUGCCCUGCAACGCGCCGGCCGUGCUGCGCAUCUCGCCAAGCUUCGAGGUGACGACGCUGCGACUCUCGGGCGGCGACUCGUGCGGCGCCUCCCCCGAGAAGUGGGAGGGCGGUGUGAUUGCGCCGAGUGGCGUCAUAUACGCCAUGCCGCAGCAGGCCGAUCGGGUGCUCCGAAUCGACCCGGGGGCCAGGGCUGCGUAA